CAGCGAACCAGCCACCAUGUCGAGAUCGGCGGGGUGGCCUUGUCGGUGCUGGGUUGGUUGUGCAGCAUCAUCUGUUGCGCGUUGCCCACAUGGAGGGUGACGGCCUUCAUCGGCAGCAACAUCGUGACGGCCCAGAUCAUUUGGGAAGGGCUGUGGAUGAACUGCGUGGUGCAGAGCACGGGGCAGAUGCAGUGCAAGGUCUACGACUCCAUGCUGGCCCUGCCGCAGGACCUGCAAGCCGCCCGCGCCCUCCUGGUGGUGACCAUCAUCUUGGCCGUCCUGGGUUUAAUGGUGGCCAUCGUAGGCGCCAAGUGCACCCGCUGCGUGGAGGAUGAGAGCACCAAAGCCAAGAUCACCAUUGCCUCCGGCGUCAUCUUCAUCCUCUCCGGCAUCCUGAACCUCAUCCCCGUCUCCUGGUCGGCCAACACCAUCAUUCGGGAUUUCUACAAC